GUUUAUUAUAGCUUAAAUUACCAUCGUUGUUACGGCUGAUUAUCCUAAUCAAAUCAUACAAGAUGCCUGUCCCCGACACUUUCCUAGCGGCUACAGUCAACCAGCCCUACGCCCAACAUGUCGUUUCUAACCGUUCAUUGCAACCACUUGAAUCCGGCGAAGUUGCUAUUAAAAUCACCGCUACGGCCAUCAACCCGGUCGACUGGAAGAUCCGCGACUACAAUGUCUUUAUCAAAGAGUACCCUGCCGUGCUAGGGUCGGAUGCCGCCGGAGAGAUCGCCGCUGUUGGACCCGAUGUUUCUAAUUUCGCUGUCGGCGAUCGGGUAUUCUUCCAGGGCAUCAUUGGAAGAUAUGACUCGUCGACCUUCCAACAAUACUGCAAGAUGCCGGCCGCACUGGUCUCCAAGACGCCCAGCAACAUUAGCGACGACCAAGCUGCCGGAAUAAGUCUCGCGACCGUGGCUGUUGUCACAGCAUUCUACGACAAGUCCGGCCAAGGUUUAACCCCACCAUGGGACCAGAAUGGCCAGCAGGUCGGAAAUGGCAAAGCCGUAGUGAUCAUCGGAGGGGCCUCCUCUGUAGGCCAAUAUGCCAUUCAAUUGGCUAAACUGUCGGGCUUUGAAAAGAUUAUUACCAACGCAAGUCCUCAAAACCACGAGUGCCUCAAAAAGUUUGGCGCCCAUGUUGUCCUGGACCGAGCCCAUUCGAGCCCGGAGGAUUUCAAGGCUGCAAUUGGCGGGUUGCCUUUGGAAUUCGUCUUCGACUCUAUCUCGGUGAAAGCAACGCAAGCAUUGGGUGUUCAAAUUGUUCAGGCUACAGAAGGCGCCGAUAAGAUCGUGACGGUCCAGGGUGCCGACUCGGAUGCUAUUGCCCUUGGCCAGUCGAAAGAGCCGAAGGUAGCGGUGAAGCAGGUCUUGGGAUUAGGUAGCUCCCCAGCAUUGCGUCAUCUCAGCGAACCUUUGGUGAAACAUCUCGGCGGCGAGGAUGGGUAUAUCGCUAAGAACCUUUUCGUCCCCAACCGGGUGCAUCUGGUUCAAGGAGGACUGAAUGCCCUGGAACAGGCACUUGCGAAGAAUAAAGAAGGUGUGUCUGGCGAGAAGGUUGUAUUCCGCCCCAAUGAGGGAGCGAAUUGAACAUGACACUAUAUGUAUACUUGCAAUAUCUGUAAUCCACGGCUUCACUAGUUCACGUUCUGCCUGUUAUUACCAGACUUUUCUUCUCUGCUUUCGUUCGUAAGAGGCCCCGGUAAAGCCUGAUCGAUUAGCUAGAACCUAUAUAUGCCCUGAUUCGCUCCUGUGCAAAUUAUUUCACUCUUCCCCCUCUUGACCCAUAGCUGUGGGUUAUAGAUCCUACUUUCUACGCGAUGGACGCAGCCCUCAUUAUACUGUUCCGGGUCUUACCAGGUGGAGAUUGAGAUGAGUUGUCGACAAAGCUCCGCGUAAUAAAGAAGCCAUACCGUUUAGGCAACACUAGCCCCCACUAGGUAUUAAACCAACCACCAUGACAUUAUGCAUGUCUGGUGGGAUGUUCUUCUGGUAGUCUAGGAUCUCAGCUGAGGUCGUCAUUGU